AUUAGUUCCGAAAUUUAGCAUCUACAACGUGAAGAUCAGAUAUAAAUAGUAGAGUAUGGAGAAGUUUGGAUUUCACAAAGUUAGUAACAGUCCUUCCGGAGCUGGCCAACCCUCAAUUACUCAUAGUCGUCCAACUAAUGUUCAAUUGCCCAGUUCAGUUCCUAACCAACAACCUGUUAAUUUCAAGAAAUCAUUUAUUGUAGAUAAUUGUCCAACCAAUUCUAUAGCCUUAACCAAUUGUAUUGCUGUUAAUCCGAUUGAUUUUCAACAAUUUGCUGAUCAUUCACCAAUUUUACUUGAUGGCCAUUAUGUUUGUACAAUUGAAAAGACUGAAUUACUUGGCCAAGGAGUUAUUGGAUUACCAUUUCAUUGUAGAGAAUGGGGGAAAUGGUCUAUAAAGCAAAGUGUUCAAGCUGAAUCAUAUAAUAUAUUCCAAAAUAAACUGGCUAAUCAAUAUUUAGGUUCUAUAGAAAUAUUAGUUGAUUUUAGAUCAAAGGGUAAAGCAAAAAAUAUUAAUAUUAAUCAUGAAGAAUUAGUUGAAGUUUUCAGAAGUAUUUGUGAAAAUCAAAUUUUACAACCUACUCAAUUAUUUGUUUUAGAUUUUAAAGGAAUUAUUUUACAAUUUAUUGUUAAUACUGUUCAAAUAGUUGAUAUUAGUAAAAAGGAUAAUUUACCAACUAUUAAUGAUUCAUCUGAUUUAUCAUCUAAAGGAAUACUUUUAAGACAAACUGAAGUUAUAUUUUUCCCAUAUGAAAAUUCAUUAAUUAAUUUAGUUAAACCUGCUUCAUUAAUGGGAUUAAAAUAUGGAGUUUCUCAUCAUAGACCAAAAGCUAGAAAGCAAAUUAUAAAUCCAGAUUUUAAAUUAGAAGAUUUAGGUAUUGGAGGGUUAGAUAAUGAAUUUAAAGAUAUUUUUAGAAGAGCUUUCAAUAGUAGAAUUUUACCACCUGAAAUUGCUGAAAAAUUAGAAAUUAAACAUUGUAAAGGGUUAUUAUUAUUUGGACCACCUGGUACAGGUAAGACAUUAAUUGCUAGAAAAUUAAGUAAAAUGUUAAAUGGUAAAGAACCAAAGAUUGUUAAUGGUCCAGAAAUGUUAAGUAAAUAUGUUGGUGAAUCUGAAAAUAAUAUUAGAAAAUUAUUUAAAGAAGCUGAAGAUGAAUUUAGACAAAAAGGUGAUGAUUCUGAUUUACAUGUUAUUAUCUUUGAUGAAUUAGAUUCUGUUUUUAAACAAAGAGGUUCAGCUAGAUCUGAUGGAACUGGGGUUGGUGAUAAUGUUGUUAAUCAAUUAUUAUCUAAAAUGGAUGGUGUUGAUCAAUUAAAUAAUAUUUUAGUUAUAGGUAUGACUAAUAGAUUAGAUUUAAUCGAUUCGGCCUUGUUAAGACCGGGAAGAUUUGAAAUUCAAAUUGAAAUUGCUUUACCUGAUGAAAAGGGUAGAAGAGAUAUAUUUUUAAUUCAUACUGCUAAAUUAAGAGAGAAUAAGAUAUUAACAUCUGAUGUUGAUUUUGAUGAAUUGAGUGCAUUAACUAAAAAUUUCACAGGGGCUGAAAUUGAAGGGUUAUGUAAUUCAGCAAAAUCAUUUGCUAUUAGUAGACAUACUAAAUCAGGUGCGAUUGCUAAGAUUGAUGAUAAAACUAUUUCUGAUAUGAAAAUAACUAGAAAUGAUUUCUUAUUAGCAUUAAAUGAAAUUAAACCAGCAUUUGGUACUGAUGAAGAAGAUUUGAAUUUAGCAGCUAGACAUGGUAUUAUUCAAUUCAAUGAGAGUAUUUCUAAUAUAUUUGAUAAGGGUAGAUCAAUUAUUAAUUUAGUUAAAUCAAAUGAAACUGAAACUUUAAGAUCUAUAUUAUUAUUUGGACCUAGUGGAGUGGGUAAGACAGCUAUUGCCAGUACUUUAGCUUUAAAUUCAGAUUUUCCAUUUGUAAAGAUGUUAUCUGCUGAAAGUAUUGUCGGUAGAAGUGAAGGUCAAAAGAUUCAAUAUAUUGAUACAGUUUUUAGAGAUGUUUAUAAAUCUCCAUUAAAUGUAUUGGUGAUUGAUAAGAUAGAGACAUUAAUUAAUUACGUAUCUAUUGGUCCUAGAUUUUCAAAUGAUAUUUUACAAUUAAUCUUAGUUUAUUUAACUAAGAUUCCACCAAAGGGUCGUCGUUUAUUGAUUAUUGGUACUACCAGUCAAUAUACAGUAUUAGAGAGAAUGAAUUUAGUUGAAGCAUUUACUGAUUUAAUUGCAAUUCCUCCAAUCAAAUCUAUUGAAGAAGUUAGUAAGAUUAUGGAUAAAAUUUCCUUUAAAUCUUCAUCGGAAAGAAAAGAAAUUUUGAAUCAAAUUUCUUCUUAUGAAAUUAAUAUUGGAGUAAAGAAAUUAAUUGAUGAAUUAAUGGUUAAUAAUACAGAUGAUUAUAGUGUUGAUGAUGUGGUACUUAAUUUAGUACCCAAACUUAAUCAAAUUUAAGAAUAGAUAUGAUUAUGUCAUCUUAAAUUUCCCAAUAUACUUUAAUACACUUAAUAAAAUAAUAUACAGGUUAUAUAAACUGAAGUUAAUAUCACAUUGAUUAAAUAUUUGUAGAUCAGCGGAGAAGUAAUUAUUUUUAGUAAUGUGUCAAUAGGGGGGUUGAAACGAGCGAUAAGUUCUGAGUUUAGCGAACUAAGGAGGGAACUGUGAUCGAUUAAACCAAAUAAGAAUUUCAGAUACUCUUUUGAUAAUUCAAG